UAGUGUAUGCCAAUCAACUCAAAUAGCUAUGGAUGGAAUUAGACCAUUACAGGGUCAUCAAAGCCAAGUACCCAAAUGAUUCUGCCAUGCUCAAAGAGUAUAUUGAGCAAGAUAGAGUUUAUGAUUUUUUGGUAGGGCUUAACUAUGAUUUUGAUCAAGUGAGAGUCCAAAUUCUUGGAAAAGACAAAGUUCUAAGAAUUAAUGAAGUGGUAGCUAUGGUAAGAAGUGAAGAAAACAGAAGGAGAAUAAUGCUAGAAUCCCCAACCAUGGAAAACUCAGCCAUGGUAGCAACCGGAUCGGCCAAGAUGGUUGAUCCCCAAAAGGGGGGACUCAUCAAUAUGGAAAAGAAAAAUGAAGGAGUGUGGUGUAUCUUCUGUAACAAACCUCGCCACACUUGUGAUAAAUGUUGGAAGCUACAUGGAAAGCCUCCUAGUCGAGAUUGGGGAUCCCAAAAUCAUGAAAAGGAGUGGGGGAAAAGAGGCGACAACAGUAGAAAGGGCGGACAAGCACACCUAGGUGCUGCAAAACAUGAAGAAAACAGUAGCGGACCAAUUCCACUUAACCAGGAUGAAGUUCAACAGAUGCACUCCUUCCUUAACAAGUUGGAUAAAUCACCAGAACCAACAAUUGGGGAGGACGAUUGGAGAUGCUAGAGACUGGAAUGGCUUGUAUUACUUGGACAAUCCAAAUCUGCCAUCAGCCCUGGGAAAUAAGAACUCUUUUUUCUUUGAUUCAAUAAAGACAAACAGGGAGAAAGUCUUCCUCCAUCAUUGUCGUCUUGGAUGUGGCAAGCCUCAAUUGUGAAGUGUGUGAACUUGCUAAACACAAUCGUGUUUCUUUCCCUGUUAGUAAUAAUAAAAGCACUU